AUGCAGGCGACGCUUGCACAGUCCCAGCUCCAUGGGCAGGCCGUGGCGAGGGCAGUGGUGGGCAGCAGGGCGCAGCAGCGGGCGGCCGCCCCGCGCGCCGCCGCCGCCGCUGCCUCCCUCCGCAGCGAGUUUGUGGCGGCCGAGGGCGGCGACUUCGUGUGCCGCGCCCCCCUGAGGCAGCAGGCCUCGGCGGCGGCCGCGCGCCACGCCGGCCGGCGCACCGCAGCGCCCAGCGUGGCGACGGUGGCGGAGCAGAAGGAGAUCAAAAAGGUGCUGAUUGCCAACCGCGGCGAGAUUGCGGUGCGCGUCAUCCGCGCCUGCCGCGAGCUGGGCCUGCAGACCGUGGCAGUCUACUCCACGGCAGACAAGGACUGCCUGCACGUCCAGCUGGCUGACGAGGCUGUGUGUAUCGGCGAGGCGCCCAGCUCCGAGUCUUACCUCUCCAUCCCUUCCAUCAUCUCCGCCGCCGUCAGCCGCGGCGCAGACGCCAUCCACCCGGGCUACGGCUUCCUGUCUGAGAACGCCACCUUUGUGGACAUCUGCGCCGACCACGGCCUGGAGUUCAUCGGGCCCAAGUCCGACUCCAUCCGCAUCAUGGGAGACAAGUCGACGGCGCGCGACACGAUGAAGAACGCGGGCGUGCCCACCGUGCCGGGCUCCGACGGCCUGAUCAAGGACGCUGAGGAUGCUGUGGUGGUGGCCGCCCAGGUCGGCUUCCCCAUCAUGAUCAAGGCCACGGCUGGCGGCGGCGGGCGCGGCAUGCGGCUGGCCAUGACCGAGGACGAGUUCCUGCCGCUGCUGGGCCAGGCGCAGCAGGAGGCGGAGGCGGCGUUUGGCAACGGCGCCGUGUACCUGGAGCGAUACGUCAACAACCCGCGGCACAUCGAGUUCCAGGUGCUGGCCGACAAGUUUGGCAACGUGGUGCACCUGGGGGAGCGCGACUGCUCCAUCCAGCGCCGCAACCAGAAGCUGCUGGAGGAGGCGCCCUCGCCCGCGCUCACCCCAGAGGCGCGUGGGGCGGGCCCGCCGGGCGGCGGCGCUGCUGCGGCUGCUGCAGCAUGCGCCGGCGUGCAUCUGAUUGUGUGGGGCGCGGACCGCGACGCCGCCAUCAACCGCAUGAAGCGCGCGCUCAACGAGAUGGUGGUGAGCGGCGUGCCCACCACCGCACCCUUCCACAUCCUCAUCCUGGAGAACGAGGCCUUCAAGGCCGGGGACGUGGACACAGGGUUCAUCGUCAAGCACGCCGACAGCCUCAAGGAGCCCCCCAAGAUGAAGAACAUGAGCCUGGUAGCGGAUGCGGCCAAGCGCGGGGCCGCCCGCCGCAAGUCGCACGCCAAGUGA